GGUUUUUCCCAUGUCGGGUUCCUCCAAAUUGCGACUGGUUCGAUGCCCCAAGUGUGAGAAUCUUCUCCCGGAGCUCGCUGAUUAUUCUGUUUAUCAGUGCGGUGGAUGUGGUACCAUUCUACGAGCGAAAAUUAGAAAUCAGGAAGAAGACUAUGUGUCUGAUAAGUCGGAUGAAGACAGGGUUGGAGGGUUGUCUACUAAAUCCACUACUUCUCCUGAAAAAGGGACGGUUGAUCUUAGUGAUGAUGCCUCUGAUGUGGAUUUAAAGGCGAGUCCUGAUUCUUUGCCUUGUGAUCUUAAGGGCUCAGAGAUGGAUAAAGUGGAAGGUGUUGAGAAGGAUCUUAACUUGAAUAUGGAUAAAAAUGGCUUGAGUGAUUUGAUGGGAACGGAACAAGUGGAUUUGAAUGUUCAGAUGAACAUGAUGAAGCUUGGAUCAGGAAGAGAAUUGGAUUGGAAAAAGGGAGAGACAGGUGAGAUGGGAGAUGGGGUUGAGAAGAAUUCAAGGGGUAAUGUGAAAAGUGUGAGGUUCUCAACUCCGAACCACGAAGAUGAUCAAACGAAUCGUCAAUUGGAGUUCAUGUCUGGUGUGCAGGAGCUUUUAACGAGUCGUGGCAAUGCCAAUGGAGCUGAUAAAGUUAAGCACCUCGAACAGGACCGACUCGAGCUUCUGAGGAAGCUGGACGAGUUGAAGGAACAACUUGGUCAGUCUUGGCCAGUCCCUGCCGAUGGUGGAAUGAAACCUCCUAAACCUUUGAAUCACUCUGGUGCUUGGCCUAUGGAUGGUUCUUCAGGAUCAAAGUAUGUUGCAGGCUCUUCAUUUUCCAACCAUUGUUCAGAACCAUUUCCUGUUGCCAAUGGAAUUGAGAUGCCUGUCCAAAGCUAUUAUCCAAACAAUACAUCUCAUUUUGGUGACCCUUUUGGAUCGCAAAUGCUUAGACGAAACUCCUGCCAGUUUUCGUGUGCGCAUCAACAGCACCCUCACCAAUAUCAUUCUGGCCAUUAUGUCGAUACCAGUUUCGAUUCGUUCAAUCACUGCCCUCCUAAUCCUCCCUUUCAUCAGCCUUCUUGCUCUUGUUUCCAGUGCCAAAAUAGAUACUCACAGGUUCCAUCCUCACUACCUGGUAGUGCUUACUUCAAUAGAAGGUUUCCUGAUGUUCCAAACAAUCCCUCACUAUAUUCUCAUGAAAACACUGCUGCUUAUGGGGCAUGUGUUAAUAAUAUUAGAACCACUAAUCCUCCCGUAAAUCUUCGUGAUCGACAAGCACAAUCACGAUGGCCAACUGACUUCAAUUCUGAGAUUGGUGGUGUCCUUGGCAAUCGUCCUCGGAGGACAGUCUUAGUGAGUGGUGGUCGUAAUUGCCAUCCAAUUGCUGGUGGUGCUCCAUUUCUAACAUGUAACAAUUGCUUUGAAAUGCUACAACUUCCUAAGAAGCUUAUGAUGGUUAAGAAUCAGCAAAGUGUUCGUUGUGGAGCUUGUUCUACGUUGAUCAAUUUUACCGUUGUCGACAAGAGACUUGUUUUCUCCAAUCAUUCACGGGGAGGUCGAUUUCCCUCAGAGGUUGAUGAUAGUGAUGAACUGGCUGCCAGAGAUUAUAAUUCAAAUUUUGGUCACUUGAACCGUACUAAUUUCUCUUCUGAUGAUUAUGAUAACAACACUCUUUACGAUUUCGAGUCACUAGAUAGAGAGCCUGUGCUACAGCCCAUCGGAACAGGUUUAAGCUCAAAUAAGCAACAAGAGAUGCCAAGUUUUCAUCCUACAUCUUCAAGCACCUCAGAGGAUGAAGACAGUCCAGAUCUUUCAACUGCUCCAAGGGAGGCUACAAACAAUUUACACAAUUUAAUCAAGACGACACGCUCUCCUCCCCUUCCCGGCUCACCGCUUCAGUCAUACUUCGAUUACUCGUCUAAUAACCAGACUGCAAACAGGUUUACCAAGGGAAAUCGAAGUAGCCGUUCAGAUCAGGAGAAUGUGAAACCAAAUAAGGUUAACUCGCGACAGAACUCUUUGAAAGAAGCAUCACUGGCAACCGAGAUGGAUGUGUCGAUGAACGACUACUCUGAUACCGUGGCGUUUCCAGAGACAAAGGAUGCAAGUAAAGAAGAUAACCAGCCAAGAGCUAGUAAAGGAGGGGAGUCUUUUUUUGCAAACAUUAUCAAGAAGAGUUUUAGAUCUAAUCAAGUCGACGAUCGGAGCAGAAGUAAUGUUUCAGUUAAUGGACAGUGUAUAUCGUAUCGUAUGGUUAAGAAAGCUGAAAAGCGCGCUGGACCGAUCCAUCCCGGAAAAUACUGGUACGAUUCCCGGGCUGGAUUCUGGGGCGUCAUGGGCGGACCUUGUCUUGGCAUAAUCCCCCCUUACAUUGAGGAAUUUGACUACCCCAUGCCAGAGAAUUGUGCAGGAGGAAAUACUGGUGUUUUUGUGAAUGGCAGAGAGCUUCACCUAAAGGAUUUGGAUUUGCUUGCUGGUAGAGGGCUGCCCACUUCAAGGGACAGAUCUUACAUUAUCGAGAUCUCUGGCCGAGUUCUCGACGAGGACACCGGUGAAGAGCUCGAAGGCCUCGGAAAACUUGCUCCAACAGUUGAGAAGGUAAAGCAUGGAUUUGGCAUGAAAGUUCCAAGAACAGCUUCUUAAUUGGGAACACAAACCUCGUAAUCAAAUCCUGUAUCUCAGUUGGUAUGUUCGCAAAGGUUUUCUUGUCUAAAUUACCAGAGCAUUGUAAUGUUUUAUAUGUUUUUGUUAGUUUAGUGUCAGUGUUUGUGUGGCAUGUCUGUGUCUGUAUUCAACUGUUGAUAAGUUCCCAAGCUUUCCACCAUUCUUUGUUCAUGGAAAAAGAAAAUUUUUGUUACUUAA